UCAGCGCAACACGCCCAUCCUCGCGGACGGCGAGAAUGGCACGAGGUGCCGCGCGACCGCCUUCUCAGUUUGUGUGCGCGAGCGGCUGCGGUUCGGAUCGCGGUGUCGCGAGCCUGGUCGCCGAGUGUUAGAGCGUCGAAAGGUGAGGCGACCGUUUUUGAUCACGCGACGUGGACAAAGACGCCGCUGUCAGAGGGAGUCACCCCCCGCGAACGCGCCACUUCGUCCGGCACGGUCAGUGGGUUCCUGCGCGAGUGGCAUGGUUCAAGGCUGCAGCUGAUUCACUUUAACUUCUUCUUUCAUCCGGAAAGGAUUCAAUGAAAAUGUCGGUUUGUGUCCACGAGAGCCGAAAAUCACGAGCUAGUUCGGGUUCCAUGAACAUCUACCUGUUCCACAAGUCAUCGUAUGCUGACAGUGUGCUGAUGCACCUGAACACCCUGCGGCAGCAGAGGCUGUUCACCGAUGUCCUGCUGCAUGCUGGUGGUCGCUCCUUCCCCUGCCACCGUGCUGUGCUGGCUGCCUGCAGCCGCUACUUCGAGGCCAUGUUCCGUGGUGGCCUGCGUGAGAGCCAGGCCAGCGAGGUGGACUUCCACGAUUCCAUCCACCCCGAGGUGCUGGAGCUGUUGCUUGACUACGCCUACACCUCUCGGGUGGUCAUCAGUGAGGAGAACGCUGAGUCGUUGCUGGAAGCCGGUGACAUGCUUGAGUUCCAAGACGUCCGCGAUGCCUGUGCUGAGUUCCUUCAGAGAAACCUGCAUCCCACCAACUGCCUGGGCAUGCUGCUGCUUUCUGACGCCCACCAGUGCGCCAAGCUUUCUGAGCUCUCCUGGGGCAUGUGCCUCAGUCACUUCCCUACCAUCUGCAAGACGGAGGACUUCCUUCAGCUACCCAAGGAUAUGCUGGUGCAAUUGCUCUCCCAUGAGGAGCUAGAGACAGAGGACGAAAGGUUGGUCUAUGAGACAGCCCUGAACUGGGUCCACUAUGACUUGGAAAGGCGGCUCUGCCAUCUCCCAGAGCUGCUGCGGACAGUCCGACUUGCUCUUCUGCCCGCCAUCUUCCUCAUGGAGAAUGUCUCCACAGAAGAACUGAUCAACAGGCAGGCCAAGAGCAAAGAGCUGGUGGAUGAGGCGAUCCGAUGCAAGCUGAAGAUCCUGCAGAAUGAAGGUGUGGUCACCAGCUUGUGCGCUCGGCCACGGAAGACCAGCCAUGCCCUCUUCCUUCUUGGUGGCCAGACCUUCAUGUGUGACAAGCUCUACCUGGUAGACCAAAAAGCCAAAGAGAUCAUUCCAAAAGCUGACAUCCCAAGCCCCCGCAAGGAGUUCAGUGCCUGCGCUAUUGGCUGCAAGGUCUACAUCACUGGGGGAAGAGGCUCGGAGAAUGGUGUGUCUAAGGAUGUCUGGGUAUAUGACACAUUGCUGGAGGAGUGGUCCAAGGCAGCGCCCAUGCUCAUCGCCAGGUUUGGCCAUGGAUCCGCCGAGCUCAGGCACUGCCUCUACGUGGUGGGUGGACAUACUGCAGCCACGGGCUGCCUCCCGGCCUCCCCCUCGGUGUCCCUCAAGCAGGUGGAGCAGUAUGACUCUACUGCCAACAAGUGGACCAUGGUGGCCCCACUCAGGGAAGGGGUCAGCAACGCGGCGGUGGUGAGCGUCAAGCUGAAGCUUUUUGCCUUUGGGGGCACCAGCGUCAGCCAUGACAAGCUGCCCAAGGUGCAGUGCUACGACCCUCUGGAGAACCGAUGGACAGUGCCGGCCGCUUGCCCACAGCCAUGGCGCUACACAGCAGCAGCAGUGUUGGGCAACCAGAUUUUCGUCAUGGGGGGAGACACCGAGUUCUCAGCCUGCUCAGCUUACAAGUUCAACAGUGAGACCUACCAGUGGACUAAAGUUGGGGAUGUCACGGCCAAGCGCAUGAGUUGCCAGGCUGUGGCAUCUGGUAACAAGUUGUACGUCGUAGGUGGGUACUUUGGUACACAGCGCUGUAAAACUCUGGACUGCUACGACCCCACGCUGGACACCUGGAGCAGCAUCACCACAGUGCCGUACUCACUUAUACCCACGGCCUUUGUAAGUACCUGGAAACACAUUGCCACCUAGACAUCCAGCUGGAGCCUGAAGCUUUUCCUUUCUUUCCUGACUUUUCUUUGGGAUGACACAUGUGAAGAAUCUCACCGUACCAUUUGGUGGAAAAGACCGUUGAAGUGGGCACUGCGGAACGAGGGGUCAAAGGGAAACUUUUAGUGGUCUCACCGGCCAGGUAUUCCCCACUGCUUUGUUCAGUGCUUUUUUCUGUAGUUUUUUUCCCCCCAACUUUUGAAGAUGCAGAGAAGUAUAAUGAGAGAAGCUGAAGACAUAGAGUUGAAUGAACAAUCAUUGACUUCUGGCUGAAUGAAACCUCACUUUGAGUGCAACUUUGAAUGAAGGGUCGCAGUGCUCUAAACCGGAGGCCCAAGCAGUGGCUGCAAGGAGUGUCAGUUCUGUAGGUCACACUGUGUGAAAGUGAAUUAUUUACUGACUAAACAAUGUGAUUCCACCAAAAUGCCAGAAAAGUGAAACGUCAGAACCUGCUUUUGUUUUACUCUUCAAGUGCUGGGUUUGUUGAGAAUGUUUUGCUUAGACAAAGUGUUUUUUUUUUUUUUUUUUUUGAAGGAAAUCAUCAUCAGUACUAAUUUUGAUAAUUUCAUUAGAAUUCCUUUAUUACAUGAUAUGCACAUCAUAGUUGUUUGCUGCCAUGCAAAACUCCUGUACCAGCCCUGUUUAACCUGAUUUCUUUUGCACAUUUAAGGAAUAUUCAAAGUCCCUGCUAAAUCCUAGUACUCGUUGAAGUGCAUGUGUUAUGCUUUAAAGUAUCCCAUGCAAUCUAUCACACACUGUAAAUGGCAUGUACAAAGUGUAAGUCUUUCUAGCUAGCUACUGUAGCAGGCUAUUUAGUUAUUUUAUGUAAGUCAGCUAUAAGUGAUUAUUUAUAAAAAUGACUGAAUGUUGUAUUGAAGUGAAAAUGCAUCAGCUGACUAUAAUUUGCGGUUAUCUUAUACUAUUUCCUGUAUCAGGUUUUCUUUUCCUAUAAGGUGUAUUGUGCUUUUGUACCAUCGAAUCGAUUUCUGUUUCACUAUGGGUUACUAUAAUCCAACUGGGCUUUGUGAAAUUUUACAGGAGAUGAAGAUGGUUCCAUCACCCUCUCCCUGUAGACUGUUCAUAAUGUAUAAAUACUCAAUUCAAAACAUUGAACACAGUAACCGUCUAAAAGACCUCUUCACUACAUUACUGCUUUGCCCUGCAAAUACCUUGUCCAGAUGCAAUUUAUAGGGUUUGUUCUGUUUUUAAUUUUUACUCAUUUUAUAUAAUCGUGUAUUUACUGGAACAGUUCAGAUCAAGCACAUCUGAUUCAACUUCCUAAGAUGUAAAUGUGUAACACUUUUGAUGCACUACACUACACUACCUAGUGUUGAUUUCUGAGAUUAAUUUCAGUUUGAAAAGUCUAAGAAAAAAUUGUUGUUGCUGUAGUGGCAGGACCCCUGUGUGGAACAGGAUGGCAGGAGCAGUGGCAUGUUGGGAUACUUGACAGGGACAAACAAGGCCAAGAUUUCUUUGGAAACUGCAAAUAUGCAUUGCACUGGUGUCUGCUACAAAGUCGGUGAUCAUUACCAAUUCAGUUUUCUUUGUACUUCCUCCCCAAGAUAGAAUAAUCCCAAGAACAAUGUAAAGAUAUGAGAAAAAGAAUAAAAACCAAACAAUGGUUUUAAUUUUUAUGAAAAAUGUCUGUUUUAACCUACCUAUGGAGAUUUGAUGCUCAAAAUUUUUGACAUGAAUUGACAUGAAGCAGCACUAUGCAUUUUGUUCAGUUUUGCCCCCCCCCCCCACCGCAAGCAUCUAACACGUCAGUGAGAUUUUGGCAUCCAGUGUACAGUUUGUUAUUCAACUCUGAAACCACUCAUUCAUUACAUACUAUGCUUAAAAACUUCUGGCAUAAUGCAGAGUCCUUUAUUCAUGUUUCCAUGGCAACACCCAACACAGCCACCUUCGUUUUUGUGUGAUUGUCGUGUGGUUUUUAGAUGGGGAGGGGGA